CCGUGGCGCGCGAAGUACUAGUACAAGAGGAAGUUGAUGAAGACAUGGACGCGGACGGAGAUGCCGACGUCAACGGUGAUGCCGAUGAAGAGACGGACGAAGAGACAACCAUCCUCCGCAAGCCGCCAGAUGAGCGCGCCGAGAUCAGGCAGGAGAUCGAGAACCUCGAGGCAGCCGUGCCCUCUCUGGCUGAGGACUACAAGCUGCUUGACCGCCUCGGCACUGGCACGUUUUCCUCCGUCUACAAAGCGAUUGACCUAGGCUACCACGACAAGUGGGAUAACAUCCCGUGGCACGGCCACCACCCGCCGUGCUCGUCUGCGCACCACCAGAGCGUGCCCCAUCUCCCUGAGGAGAAGGUGUAUGUCGCGGUCAAGCGCAUAUAUGUCACGAGCAACCCGGAGCGCAUCCGCAACGAAAUCUCGAUCAUGCAGGACUGUAGGGGGACGCGGCAUACGGCGCAGCUUAUUACUGCGUUUCGACAUCAGGACCAGGUCGUGGCUAUUAUGCCUUAUAACAGGAACGAAGAUUUCCGGGAUUAUUACCGUUCUCUGUCUAUGACAGGGAUCAAGCAAUAUUUCCGAUGCAUGUUUCGAGCGCUGCGCGAUAUACAUUCGCGAGGAAUCAUCCAUCGCGACGUGAAACCCGCAAACUUUCUCUUCGAUCCUCGGACAGGCAUAGGCACCCUUUGCGAUUUUGGUCUCGCUAGUCGUAUGGAUAUUUCACCAAAGCAUGUAUCUUCACAACGAACCGUCAACCCCGCCCAUUCGACAUACAACACUUGUCUUCACACCCCGCCUUCGAGAGAGUAUCCACAUGGCACAAUGAUGCAAAAGUACGACUUGGAACAGGUCACCAAGAUGACUCGUGAAGCUCGUCAAAAAAGCACGUGGCCCAGCGACAAGGUUGGGUACCCUGACAAGGAUAUUAGACCGCACUCAAAGGCUAACAGGGCUGGAACGCGCGGAUUCCGUGCGCCCGAGGUGUUGCUUAAAUGUAACCAGCAAACGGGAGCCAUCGACGUUUGGUCCGCGGGGAUGAUCCUGCUGUUUUUCUUGACCGGCAAAUUCCCCUUAUUCCAGUCCAGCGACGACGUCGAAGCCCUAAUGGAGAUUGCCGUAAUUAUAGGACGGCAGAAGAUGGAGAAGGUAGCUGUGAUGCAUUCGCGAACAUUUGCCACAAACGUGCCCUCGGUGACUCCGAAUGGUAUAUCCUGGCGCGAGUUCGUCGAACGGCAAAACCCCACACUGAGGGAGCCCCUAACACCCGACCCCCGGUUUUACCCAUAUUCGACGUCCUCGACGAUCCCGUCGUCGUCAUCUCCCACCUCUGAGUCGAUGCGCGAGCAGCACGUCGCCGACGUCGAGGCGGCGCUGGCGCUUCUUGAAGAUGUCAUGCAGCCCGACGUGACACGUCGAGUCACGCCCCGCGGCGCGCUGUACCAUCCUUUCCUCGCGCCUUCGCCGUCUUCGCUUUCAGGUGGGAAUGUGGAUGCAGUCGACGAGGCCGAGCCCGAGGAUGACGAUGUGUUUCCGUCUCCCUUUGGGGAGGGCGCGUGCGCCAAGGAUCACUUUGUGGACGAGGUCACGGAGGAGCCGUGUGUCUGGGUGCGGGACGAGGACGGAAACAAGGUUGUGAGGAGGCUGGUCGCGGGAGAGGGCAUGGCCAUUGGGAGGUGGCCAUGUGAGUUCCAUCGAGGGGAGUUUGGCCCGGAAGAUUCGGAAUGGGGAGAGAUGGGAUGAGGGUCUGAGGGUGUGGAUAGGUGUUAUAGAUGAGAGCAUAAGUUAUUGUUUGUAAUUCGCCAUUGUAUACCAUGAGGUCGACGAGCUGGAGACCAUAGACAUGAAUGUUCAUCGCUCAAAAAAGAUGCCUCCGGGACGUAUUUUUCUGUCGAGUUUACCGUCCAGAGCA